CACUGCGCGUGGUACUCAAAGAUGGUGCGAAAGUUGAAGUUCCACGAGCGAAAGCUUCUGAAAAAGGUCGACUUUAUAUCGUGGAAGAGCGACAGUAAUGUUCGGGAGGCCAGAAUACUCAGACGCUACCACAUACAGCGGCGGGACGACUAUACAAAGUAUAACAAGCUCUCCGGGAUGGUGAAAUCGCUCGCCAACAAGAUCAAAGAGCUGGACCCAAAGGACCCGUACCGCAACCAAGUCACUACACAACUUCUGGAGAAACUGUAUUCCAUGAGCCUCAUUCCGACACGAAAGAGUCUGGCACUGUGUGAGAAAGUCAAUACCUCUCACUUCUGCAGACGUAGACUACCAGUUGUGAUGGUAAAGCUGCACAUGGCGCAGAGGGUCAGCGAUGCCUCCAAAUUUGUGGAACAAGGCCGUAUCCUAUCACUCCUUCCGUGUAGAUAAUUUUAGAAUGUGCGCUAUAUUUUUAUUUGACAGGAGUUCCUUGAAGUUCCCCCGCUAACUGUCCCUGGCACUUACUGGUGGAGGCCACAGUUUUAACAACCUGCACAAGCAGGACACCUAGAAACAUGUACAACACAAGUGCGCAACACAAGUGUGCCUGCACACUGUACGUACGUUUGCUGGUGGCACAAUGACCAGGACUUGUAGUACUCUCUCUUGCUUCCUGGACCAACAUACGUUGCUCGUUAUGAAUCUUAUCAGUGUAUAUAGCCAUGGCAAGUGAACCUUUGUGUGUGUGGAGUUUACAUAGUCGGUCUGCUCUCUUUAUGAAUGAUAUUGCCAAGUCUAGUCUUAUUGUUAUGUGAUGUUAUUUAUGGCUUUUUCGUAAGCUAAUG